ACAGAUAAAAGGAUUGCUUCGCGGUUGGUAACAGAAGGGCGUUGACAUUUAUAAUUUAUAAUCAAAAAGGCAAAACGCGAAGAUGCGUCUGUGACAUUAAUCCACCAGCAGCAAUUUGUUUGGAUUUGUUACGAUUCAUUUCUUAUUGACUGAAUCAGGAAAGAUGUCAAUUAAUUUAACGAAAAAUAAAGACGCUUUGGUGGCUGCUUGGCUGAGCGUAGUCGACGAUAAAUCGUCUACUAACUGGGCUAUUUUCGGAUAUGAAGGCCAAACUAAUAACUUGAAAGUUAUUAAUACUGGCGAUGGUGGCUUGCCAGAAAUGAUUGAUCACUUGGACUGCAGUUAUAUCUUGUAUGCAUUUUGUCGUGUAAUAGAUACAAAGACGAAUCUACCGAAAUGUCUUUUAAUAAAUUGGCAAGGGGAAGGAACACCUAUCGUUAGGAAAGGCACUUGUGCAAAUCAUAUUAGAGAUGUAGAAAAAUUGUUAAAAGGUGCUCAUAUAACAAUUACUGCACGUUCUGAAGAUGAUGUUGAAGUGGAUUCUAUUAUGGAAAAGCUUGCUAGAGCUACAGCUUCAGCAUUCAAAUUUAAUGAACCACGUGGCGAGAAUGAAGGUAAUACAGCGCCAGUGGGUACCACAUAUCGCAGGGUGAUUCCUGAACAAGAAAUAAAUGCAACUGAACGUGAUCAAUUCUGGCAGAGGGAAGAAAUGGAGGAGAAGAAACGAUUAGAGCAAGAACGCAUGAAAGGCGAGAAAGAACGGCGGCGACUUGAGGAAGAAAUUAGGACUAGGGAAGAGAAAGAAGCAAUGCUCAGAGAACAAAAAGUCACUGCCAAAGAAAAUUCGAUAGCCCGACAGAAACUGGCAGAGCAACGCGCUGAAGAGGCGAACAAUUUUCGAAAUCAGCUGGCUGCGAGUCAACACUACAGCAACGAUGCCGACGAUGAUCACAAAUCGCGAAGCGAAGAAUUGCGCCGCGAAAGAAGCAAAGAAACGCAGCAAUUAAUUGCUCAAAGAACGAUAAACGCCAGAGCUGUUUUCGAACAGAAUUCGGCAGCUGGUCAAAUGAAUUCUUCACCCGUGCAACAACAGUAUUUAGCAAAAAAUAAUCAUGUGGAGGCAGCUAAGAAAGCUUUCGAGGAAACUCAGCAAAAUGAAGCGUCUCAUGUCAAAGUGCAAGAAGAAUUCAAAACAGAUACUAACGAAACUGAGACUGUGAACAUCGUUAGUAAUGCUGUUAAGAACAUAUGUUUGAACGAAAACCAAGGACAAGAGUCGAACGCAUCAAAGCCGGUGGAAGAACCUGAACAACCAUCGGCAACGAAAGAAGCACUCACUGAAAACGAAUUGUACAGUCAAAUGGAUGGACAGUAUUUAUAUUUUGAUCCGAAUAACGAAGGAAUGAGGGCAAGAGCUUUGUACGAUUAUCAAGCUGCUGAUGAUACGGAAAUUACUUUUGAUCCUGGAGACAUUAUCACGCACAUAGAUGCCAUCGAUGAAGGAUGGUGGCAAGGUCUCGCUCCUGACGGUACUUACGGACUUUUUCCUGCUAAUUAUGUUGAAGUUAUCGAAUACAAUACAACAUGAUAAAAAACAUGGUUCUGAAGAUAGAAGAUCUCUUUUCCCGAUUAAAAGGAAAUCACCUGCUUUUUCCCAUAUACAAAGUGACAUUCAGUAUUCUGAUGAUUCUGAUGACUGCACUUUUGUUUUAAUAACGAUUUACAGCGUCUAGCGAUAAUAUGUGCUAGAAAGUCCAAGCAAAAUAAUGCAUAUUCAUCGUAAAAGGUUGAUUUCUGUUACGUGUAUUAAUGCACAUUCAGAACUUAAUAAUGAAGGAAUUUAACAUUUCUGAUAAUAAUCACGUUAAGAAUAAGCAUUGUUAAUAUUUUAACGGGCAAGGUUUUGACAUUUAAUAGUCUUACGAUGCCACUUCAUAUACAAAUGGCGAAGUACAUAUGUCUUCCCAUGUUCAAUGUCACAAACUAAAUAAAUUACCAAUAAACAAAUAUAUCUUUUUAUAACGUUCUACGUCGAAAAUGGAUGCGCUCGUAGCAAUAGUGUAUUUAAUAAUUUAGCAGAUACCCUUGAAAAAUAUUUACAAUGUGUAACAACAACCUAUUUAGGAAUAUGUUUAAUUCUUUAAAUAAUAAAUUAAAUUUGUUAUAGUA